CUCAGAUCUCAAAAAGAGCUUCUUUAUUUUUUUUUUCCUUCCUUUCCUUAGAAAAAAGAGUAAAUUUUUAUCAAAAUUUCCAGCUCUGAUAUAAAAGUUUGUGAAAUUAGUAGCUAUUGUUAUGUCUCUAGCUCUGAUUUCAUCUUUUCAAUGGAAGAAAAAGUCGUCAAAGGCAAUGAGAAGAAGACGAGGGGACGAUUGGUUCGCAUCGGAGAUUCCUUUGGAUCUCCAGAUCGAGAUUCUGAUUAGAUUGCCUGCUAAAUCGCUGAUGAGGUUCAAGUGCGUUUCAAAGCUCUGGUUUUCUCUUAUCCGUUGUCGAUAUUUUAGCAAUCGUUAUCUUACGGUGGCUUCCCCACCGCGAGCACCUCGUCUAUACAUGAGUUUGGUGGACCACAUCCAGUGUAAUUCAAUGGAAGUCUGCUAUAACCCUCGCGAGUCUGUAUUGCUAUCAUUAUCAUCAUCGUCUAGUACUGAUGCAAAGUCUUUCCACCAAGAUUUGACAAUGCCAGGGAUGGGAGGACGCAACAUGAUGAUUCUUCGCGGCUUGAUUCUAUACAUUGUUUGCAGAAAGGCGUGUAUCUAUAAUCCCACCACCAGACAAUGUGUAACCUUACCCGCCGUCCAAUCCAACAUUUUUGCUCAAGAAGAUUAUCAUAAGAGUGUCCUCUACUUUUUAGGACACGAUCCUGUUCUUGAUCAAUACAAAGUAGUUUGCACUGUUGCAGUAUCCUCAAAAAGGUUUAAGAGGAUAACCUCAGAGCAUUGGGUCUUCGUACUAGAACCCGGAGGUUCGUGGAAAAGAAUUGAGUUUGAUCUACCUCAUUGUCCUGCACGACUAGGACUGUGCAUCAACGGAGUCAUAUAUUUUUUGGCUUCCGCUUGUAUGUCUAGCGAUAUCCUUGUCAGUUUUGAUGUUAUGUCUGAAGAGUUCAAAUGGAUCCAAGGACCUCCUGUCGCGUCUGCAUUUAAGCCCAUGGGUUUUAUAGAGUAUCUUGGAAAACCAUCUGUUUUUGAUCAUUCCCAUCUUAAACGCAAAGGUUCCGUGGACUUAUGGGUCUUGGAAGAUGCUGGAAAAUGGUCGAAGAAAUCCCUGGUUUUGCAGCCUUGUCAGAUGCAUUUAGUUGAUAAGAAAUUAUCAUUCACGGUUAAAGGUACUACUCAAAACGGCGAGAUUAUCUUGGCACCCGUAUUGUUGCAUUCCCCUUAUUACGUUUUGUAUUAUGAUCCCAAAAAAAAUGAUUUGAGAAAGGUUAGAAUCAGAGGAAUACCGAAACAAUGGUUUGGUAAGCUUGAUGACACCAACUUACUUUUUUAUUUCGAUCUUAUGGAUGAGAGUGAAAGUAUCCUGCACUUGGAAAUUUGAAAUUGCCAUGUCGACAUUUCUUACCUUCAAUACAUUGGGAACUAUUUAUUUUGUAAUUUUGUUUUAUUUAUGUUGAUUGUUUUUUUUUU